AUGCAAGUCACUGAAUUCAAUGACAUCAAGGUGUACAAUUUGUCAGCUGGCAAGUCGCUACCGCAAUGGCUUGCUGAGUCCAGAAAGAAGAAACAGUCGCUGAGAAACAACGAGGACUUUCGGAAGCGCAUUGACUUGAUCCAGGAUUUUGAGUUCAACGUGGCUUCUUCGCGGGUCAGGGUCAGCCCCGAUGGCGAACACAUUUUAUCCACCGGCAUCUAUGCACCGGAGCUUCGCAUCUUCGACCUGAAGGAGCUCGGAAUGAAAUGCUCUCGUGGUUUGGACUCGGAGGUAGUCGACCUGCAGCUGUUGUCGGAGGAUUGGAAGAAGCUUGUGAUGUUGAUGGAUGACCGCACACUUGAGUUUCAUUCUCAGUAUGGUCGCCAUCACAGGCUACGCGUCCCUAAAUGCGGUCGCAGUCUCACGUAUGACAGCGAGUCGUGCACGCUAUUUGUGGGCGGCUCUUCGCAGGAAGUGUACCGGCUAGACUUGGAAGCUGGCACCUUCCUCACGCCGAUCGAGAUGCAGAAGCUAGAUGAAGUCAACCAAGUCGUAACGCAUCCACGACUUCCUAUUGUGAGUUGCUGUGGUGAUGGCGGCCUCGUGGAGUCCUGGGAUUUGAGAGAUCAAACUUCCCCGCUUCAAUCUCUGAAGGUCGAUGAUGCAGCCACGUCUGACACCGUUCAGGUGACGCGAUGCGCCUACUCGGCCAACGGCAUGUUCUUUGCUGCUGGCACUUCUGAGGGCCUUGUUCGCGUCUAUGAUCUGCGCAGCAGCCGUCCACUGGCUGAGCGGGACCACAUGAAUGACUAUGCCAUCACAUCACUCUGCUUUCAUGGCUGCGGUCCGGAAACUUCAGAUCUGUUGGUGGCAUCUGCCGAUAAGAAGUCCAUCAAGGUUUGGGGUGCGACAACAGGGGCGAUGAAGGCAUCUGUUGAAUCACAAAGCGUUGUGAAUGACAUCAGCUUCUAUCCGAACUCUGGCUUAAUGUUCGCGGCGAAUGAUCAUCAGCGAAUUGGGAUCUUCUUCAUACCCAGUGUGGGAUUGGCUCCGCCGUGGUGUUCAUUCUUGGAUAACAUCACUGAGGAGCUUGAAGAAAGCAAGCAAAAGACGGUGUUCGAGGACUUUCAGUUCGUCACCAAAGAUCAGCUUGAGCAGCUUGGUGCGACAGAGUUGGUGGGCACGAAAUACCUGCAGCCCUACAUGCAUGGUUUCUUCAUGGACUACCGCCUCCAUUCAAAGCUGAAAGCCGCCCUGGACCCUUUUGCCUUCGAGGAAUAUCGCAAGCAGAAGGUCAAAGAAAGGCUGGAAGCCAAGCGCACCAUGCGAACCCGCAUCAGGAGCAAGAACAAGGUGCAUGUGAACCCCAGCUUCCAUGAGCAGCUGCAGAUGACAGCAGAAGAAGGCACAGAGACUGGCGCAUCCAAAAAGCGAAAGGAGGCUGCCGACAAGGCAAAGCGUCUCCUCGAAGAUCAGCGGUUCCAGGCUCUCUUUGCGGACCCCGACUUUACCAUUGAGGACGUCGGCCAGACGAGCAAGGCGGAUGCAGCGCCGUUGCUGCCGAAAAAGAAACGAAAGUCACAGGUGUGA